AUGGCGAGACAACUCCACCAGACUACAGCAGAGCAGACCAAAAACGGGUCUAGUCUAGUUCCCAGUUCCCUUAAGUUCCUCAGGUUGAGGACAGCAGCACUUGGUGGUUGUCUCCUCCGGCAUUGCACUCCUCUGCUGGGCAAACACAGACUCACGCCACUGGGACCAGAGAGGAGACCCAGAGGUUCCCCCCGCUGGAACUUGGAGCUGUGCCUGGCGAUGCCUCAGCCCAGCAUCAGCGGGAUGGAGCCUCCCUUUGGGGAUGCCUUUCAGAACUAUUCAUUUGCUGACCAGGCCCUGACCAGCACGGAGCUGCUCGCCAGCAGCUCUGACCCGGACUUCAUGUACGAACUUGACAGAGACAUGUCCCAUAGGCAGAGCCCCCAUGGGGACAACACAGUGGGGGUAGGAGAUGCAGGGAAGGAGUUAGAGGGCUGUGUGGACCAGCUGAUGGGGUUGGGAGAGUGUGAGGCGGUCUACAGCAGCUCCGCAUUUGAACAGUGGGACUCCUACUGGGAGGACCUAACCAGAUACACACGGCUGGCCAGCUGUGACAUCUGGGGCACCAAAGAGGUGGACUUUCUUGGAUUGGAUGACUCCUCCAGUCCAUACCAGGAUGAAGAGGUGAUUGGCCGAACCCCAACUUUGGCCCAGCUCAAUAGCGAGGAUUCUCAGCCCGUGUGUGAAGCACUCUACCACCCUGCUGACUUGACCGUACUUGCACCUCAGCCACAACUUCAUCUGGCACCACCCCCCUUCCACAGUAAAAGACCUCUAGGCCUUAGCCUUGGGUGUGGUGCUGGUCCAACACGGCCCUCCCCUACUCCUUCAUCCUCAUCCCGCCCAUCCCACAGCUCUCUCCCUGAUUUCCCCGAGGGCUCCCAGAAGGCCACAUGGCCCAUCCCCUCCAGCACAGAGACUAUGGCCAAGACCCAAAACCGCCUCAGUCUCAUCCAGGACCAUGUCCAAAGUCAACCUGUGAGCCAUGUACUGGGAACGAAGAUAGCUGCCCCAUCAUCCCACAGCUCUGACUUUGUACGCAAGGCCAAAGUUCGUGUGAGCACAGCACAUAGAGCUCAGGCCGACAUACCCAGCCAGUCGGAGAUUGAGGGGUCAGGGUCACCUCUACCCCUCUCCCAGCACCAGGAUGAAAAGGCAUCCACCUCAGGCAACACCGCUCUAGUGUCUAUCCCUGCUCCUCUAGCCUGCGGCUCUGGACGCAUGUCAAACUAUGAGAGGAGGGCAGAAGGAACUGGAAAGAGGGAGUUGCCUGUAGGCUGGUCUGCAGCCAUGCCUCAGCUGGUUUCAGUCAACCAGUCCCUAGAGGGGAGUACCUCAGGGCUGGUGAGCGGCAGCGUUAGCCUGCAAGGGGCAAGUGGUGGUGUUCUGGUGGUUGAGGGCAAUGAGAAGGGCAAGGAGGAGGAGCACAACUACUCUCUGUUCCUGACCCGCGCUAGACUUGCCAGCAGAUCUCAGUCCCAGCUGGAAGAGGAGGAGGAGGAAGACGAGGAGGAAGAGGAAGAAGUGGAGGAGGAGGAAGCAGAGGGGCUAGAGCUGGAUGAUGAAGAUCAUGACGAGGGCUUCGGCAGCGAGCACGAGCUGUCAGAGAAUGAUGACGAGGAAGAGGAGGAAGAUGAAGACUACGAAGCUGACAAGGACGAUGACAUGAGUGACGCCUUCUCCGAGCCAGGCUGUGACGUGGAACUGGUAGAUGACAUCAAAGGUCUGACGGCAGGAGUUUCCAGUCGGAAGAGGGGGAAGCGCCGCUACUUCUGGGAGUACAGUGAGCAGCUCACCCCCUCCAAACAGGAGCGCAUGCUCAAGCCCUGCGAGUGGGACAGACACACACUGCCCAGCAACCUCUAUCAAAAGAAUGGCCCUCUCCACGGGAAGUACAUGAUGAAGAAGUCUCGUCGUACAGACGUGGAGGAUCUGACUCCUAAUCCACGCAAGCUGCUGCAGAUCGGCACGGAGCUCCGCAAACUUAACAAGGUGAUCAGUGACCUGACCCCUGUCAGCGAGCUGCCGCUCACAGCACGGCCUCGAUCUCGCAAGGAGAAGAACAAGCUGGCCUCCAGAGCUUGCCGUUUAAAAAAGAAGGCUCAGUAUGAAGCCAACAAGGUCAAGCUGUGGGGACUCAGCACAGAAUACGAUCGACUGCUUUUUGUGAUCAACGCCAUCAAAGAAGAAAUAGUGACACGUGUGAAGGACGCCUCUCCCCAGCCAAGCGACAUGGCUGACACGCUGGACCGACUGAUACAAGAGACACUAGUGACACCACCUGUUGCCGGGCAGACUUCAGACUUUGUCAACCAGAUCUUGGAAAACACAGGACGCGGGGAUCCCACUGGCGGAUUGAUUGGCCUGCGAGUCCCCACCUCCAAAAUCUAGACAAACCCCGUCCACUGAGAGGAGUGCGUUAAAUAUUACCACCGUGGUGUCCCGUUGUAACUAUGCCCUCCUCUGCAUGC